CGCAACAGUGAUUUGAGUCUGCUUUUAGCUCCCUUCCACCUGCCUUCGCUUGUUUCUGUGCAAGAACAGCUGUUUGGUCCAUAGAUUAGAGAAAGGGGUCUCCACCCCCUUUCCCAAGAGAGCCUCUUCUAAGUGCUCAGCAAUGGGGAGCGGGGAACCUAAUACUGCUGGCAAGAAAAAGAAGUACCUCAAGGCUGCACUGUAUGUUGGUGACUUGGACCCUGAAGUGACAGAGGACAUGCUCUACAAGAAGUUCAGACCGGCUGGCCCUCUACGCUUCACUAGAAUUUGCCGGGACCCAGUGACCCACAUCCCCCUGGGUUAUGGUUAUGUUAACUUCCGCUUUCCUGCAGAUGCUGAGUGGGCCUUGAACACAAUGAACUUUGAUUUAAUUAAUGGUAAACCAUUUCGCCUCAUGUGGUCACAGCCAGAUGACCGCUUAAGAAAGUCUGGAGUUGGAAAUAUAUUCAUCAAGAACUUGGAUAAAUCCAUAGAUAAUAGGAUCCUGUUUUACUUCUUUUCUGCUUUUGGUAACAUUCUUUCCUGUAAGGUAGUAAGUGAUGACAAUGGAUCUAAGGGUUAUGCCUAUGUUCAUUUUGAUAGCCUUGCUGCUGCCAAUAGGGCUAUCUGGCAUAUGAAUGGAGUCUGGCUUAACAACCGUCAGGUGUAUGUGGGAAGAUUCAAAUUUCCUGAAGAGAGAGCAGCUGAAGUCAGAACCAGGGAUAGAGCCACAUUUACCAAUAUUUUUGUGAAAAACCUUGGAGAUGACAUGGAUGACGAAAAACUAAAGGAACUUUUCAGUGAAUACGGACCAACUGAGAGUGUUAAAGUAAUAAGGGAUGCCAGUGGAAAAUCUAAAGGCUUUGGAUUUGUCAGAUAUGAGACACAUGAAGCUGCCCAAAAAUCUGUGCUAGACCUGCAUGGCAAGGCAAUAGAUGGGAAAGUCCUGUAUGUAGGGAGAGCACAGAAGAAAAUUGAACGCUUGGCUGAAUUAAGGCGGAGAUUUGAAAGGCUGAAAUUAAAAGAAAAAAGUAGACCCCCGGGAGUGCCUAUCUACGUUAAGAACCUGGAUGAGACCAUCGAUGAUGAAAAGCUGAAGGAGGAAUUUUCUUCAUUUGGAUUAAUUAGUCGAGCCAAAGUGAUGAUGGAAGUGGGACAAGGCAAAGGGUUUGGUGUCAUCUGCUUUUCUUCUUUUGAAGAGGCUACCAAAGCAGUGGAUGAGAUGAAUGGUCGUAUACUAGGCUCUAAGCCACUGAAUGUCACUCUGGGCCAAGCCAGGCACAGGUGGUGAGAAUCACAAUGGUCACUUUGUUUAGCCUUAGCUGGUGCCUACAUAGCUUGGGCUCCUUUCUGAUAGAUGGACAUGUUUUUGUUGUUAUUUUAUUUUGUAUGUGUGAAAAAUUAUUUUAGAAAGUGUAAACUCAAAAUCUUGUUAAUUUUAGUGAAGAACAUAGAUAGUUUUUAAAUGUAAAAUUGUCAUUUUGUAUGAGUUUUUACAUAAUA